UACAUGUGAUCUAAUACCCUCGUUGAUCUCACCACUAGGUUAUCACCAUAUAUUGACAGAAUGAGGAUUUGAACUUUUAGUAAAUAGGAUGCCAAUUAUCUUAUCCAGCCUGAUUGGAGUUUGUGGAGAAGACAACCACCAUGUCAGAUCAAUCACAAUUCAACAAAUAUCUACCAUCUUUCUUACUUCGUAGACACCGGAGGAGUGAUUCAACUGAAAGAGCUCCUAGACCCCGGGAUAAAGUUAGACAACUUAAGUAUGAUGAGGCUGUCACUCAAUCAUUGGGUAAUUUAGUGAAUGUUGCUUCCAGUGUUCCGUUACCAGCAGGUGCCACUCAUAAAGUGAAGCCACGGGGAACUUCCUUACAGAUACCAAAAUUAGACUGUUUAAUUCAUGGACACGUUAGACGUCACUCUUACGAUUGUGCCGUCACAAAAUCUAAACACCCUGUGGAUAAAAUCAAACAGUAUGAUUCAGAUAGGGAUAGUUCUGGGCGUAGUUCAGGAAGUGACCGCAAUGGAUCAAAUUUAUCUAUUGGACAGUCAACGAGUACAGAAGCUUCUCCAGUGCAUAGAAAAACACAAAAAGUCAAAGGACGUGGUUUAGGUAUUUCCAGACGGUCGGUUUAUUCUGAUCACGGUCAUUCUACCAGUGUAAAUACCAGUGAUAAAGAAUCAGACAUAGACGAUGACUAUUAUAUGAGAUCAUCUCGUCUUAUUCCACAAAAACAUGGACCAGGUGUGUUUAACCUAUCAGAAGAUGAUAGUGAUUUUUUCUCCCAUAGGACAAGCAGUUAUACUUCCCAGGAGAGUUCCACCAGACAGCGACAAAAUGCCCAAACGCAACAUGUUUUUUUUGUGCUGGAAGUUCGACUACAGGAGGGUCGUGAUUUGGUUGUCCGAGACAGCUGUGGUACCAGUGAUCCCUAUGUGAAAUUUAAAUAUAAUGGUAAACAAGUGUACAAGAGUCGUACUGUGUAUAAAAAUCUGAAUCCAAGAUGGGAGGAUGUUUUUACUGUGCCUGUGGAAGACAUCUUUAAACCUCUGCAAAUGAAAGUCUUUGACUAUGAUCGUGGAAUGACUGAUGAUCCUAUGGGCUCUGCUGAGAUUGAUCUUUCAACUUUAGAAUUAAACAAAGCCACUGAAUUAAAAUGUAUGUUAAGUGACCAGCGAGGUAAAGCUGACUACAUGGGAUAUUUAGUGUUGAAUUGUAAGAUUAUUCCUAAAAGUCAAGAAGAAAAAGAUCAGUUCUUCCGAAAAAGUUUAAAGAUGUCAGAUUCAUCCAAGAAAUUAAAAAGUCAGAUCUGGAAUAGUGUGGUGACGAUUGUAUUAGUAGGUGGUAAAAAUUUAGUCCCUAUGGAUGACAAUGGUUUAAGUGAUCCUUAUGUUAAAUUCCGAUUAGGAAAUGAAAAAUACAAAAGCAAGUUUAAAAGUAAAACAUUAAAUCCGUCCUGGUUAGAACAAUUUGAUCUGAGAAUGUUUGAUGAUCAAACUAGUCAAUUAGAAAUCACCAUAUUUGAUCAUGAUGUUACUGGUAAAGAUGACUUCAUGGGCCGAGCUAUGAUUGAUUUAGCAUCAUUAGAUAGGGAAAAAACACAUACACUAGAAACACCUUUAGAAGAUGGUGCUGGUAUUAUUAAACUAUUAUUAACUAUCAGUGGUACAGCUGGUAAUGAAACUAUCACAGAUCUAUCUAACUAUACACCUAAUCCUAAAGAAAGAGAAGAAUUACUCAGGCAUUAUGGAUUAGCAAAGUCUUUCAAUGAUAUAAAAGAUGUUGGUUGGCUUCAAGUCAAAGUGUUUAAAGCAAAUGGUUUAAAGGCAGCAGAUUUUGGUGGAUUGAGUGAUCCUUUUUGUGUGUUAGAAUUAGUUAACAGUCGACUUCAGACUCAAACAGAAUACAAAACAUUAAACCCUGAUUGGAACAAGGUGUUUACAUUUAAUGUCAAAGAUAUUCAUUCUAUAUUAGAUAUUACUGUAUAUGAUGAAGACAGAGACAAAAAGGUGGAGUUUCUAGGGAAACUGUCAAUUCCUCUACUCAAGAUAAAACUUGGUGAAAGAAGAUGGUAUGCUUUAAAAGAUAAAAAACUCUUACAUAAAACAAAAGGUGCUAUAAUGUUAGAGAUGGAUUUUGUCUUUAAUCAUGUUAAAGCCGCUAUAAGAACUGUAAAUCCUAGAGAAGAGAAAUAUAUGCAAGGAGAACAAAAGUUUAAAAUAUCAAUAAUGAAACGUAAUAUUGACAGAGUUUCCCAAGUAGCUGCUGGUUUUGUUGAAGGGGGUAAAUUUUUACAGAGUUGUUUUGAUUGGGAAUCAAAACCUAGAAGUAUUAUUGCAUUUAUAGUAUAUUUAGUGGUUGUGUGGAUAUUUGAACCGUAUAUGUUACCUAUAACUUUAUUAAUCGUAUUUCUAAAGAACCUUAUUAUUGCUCAAAUCCUUGGUGCAUUUAAAAACCAACCAAUUGAAGAUGAUUAUGUAGAUGAAGAUGAUGAUGAUGACGAUGAAACACAAGAUAAGCCCACUGAAAGCAAGGAAGAGAAGAAAAGUUUUAAAGAGAAAUUGCAAGCUAUACAAGAAGUAUGUCUACAAGUUCAACAAGGAAUGGAUAUGGUGGCUUCCAUGGGUGAAAGAGUUAAGAAUACGUUUAACUGGACUGUACCCUGGUUAUCAGCAUUAGCUGUUGUUGUAUUAAUGGUUGGUGGUUUGGUUCUAUAUUAUAUACCAAUUAGAUUUCUUUUAAUAGCAUGGGGUAUUAAUAAGUUUACAAAGAAACUAAGAAAACCUGAUGCAAUACCUAACAAUGAGUUAUUAGAUUUCUUGUCACGUGUUCCAUCUGAUAGUGAAUUGAUUCAAUAUAGAGAUUUGCGACCAGACAUGUCGGCUAUCCAAGUUUCAAAGAAAAAGCGAGCAUAGAGGAAAUCUGUACUUUAUUGUUCAUAUUGACUUUAAUUGGUAUGUGAGUGGAGUUCUGAUGGAGAUAUGAAUUUCAAGCAUACAGUGAAUUGUUGUCUGUGAUAUGAAGGACCAGACAGAGAAAGCUUCAUUCCAUACGGAGGAGAUAGAUUUGUUUGAUAAAUAUAAGUGGUCAUUAUUUUUGGCUGUUUUGUUUAGUGCCUUUAUAAUACUCUGACUAAAUGUCUGUUCUUUGAUUUUAUAAUACAGUUUAUGUUUAAACCAUCUUUUAUCUCAGUUAUAUUAUUUUUCACUCAUAGUCGUUCAAAUUAAUCUGAUUCUCAUGGAAAGUUAAAUGUGUUCAAAUUUUAAAUCCGAAGAUAAGAUUAGUUAUUGCAUUUGUCUUUUCAUCAUUUAUUGUACAAUAUUGACAAAUGCUUUUAGCCGAUUAAAAGGAAUCAAAUUUAAUCAUUCAUUUGUACAAUUCAGCAUGAGAACAGUAUUAUUUUGAAAUGGCCAUUUAAGUUUUGAUAACAUCAUUUUUAGCUAUUCGUAGUAAAUAUUUUUUUUUGUUUAUAAAUAUAUAUUUGAAAUAUCUGCAUCUUGAAAUAUAUAAUAUAGGGUAGCUAGAGGCGUUUGAGCAAUUAUUUUAUAAUAGACAAUAUAAUCAAUAUAUAUUGUAUGACUCUACACAUACAGUGAUCAAAGUCAAUCUGAUGCCGAUUCAAGUCUAUCCAAAAUGAAAACAAAUCCAAAUGAAAUUCCAAUAGAAUGUACAAGUAACAUUGUGUUCUUGUACAUCAUACAAGGUUAAAAAUCUUAUAGAUACACCAGUACUCUCUAAUAGAAAAAUGCAGAUAUUUCCUACAUUCAAUCCUUUUUUUAAAUUCGAUUUCGCAGAAAAAGGAUUAAAACUGUGCUAGGAUAAACUGUUCAUUCGUAAUUUUUUAAGGUUUUCUGCUGAUUUAUUGAUUGAACCUAUUGUGUUUGUAACUUCUGGUGUCACUUGUCCAUGAUUCCUGCGUUAAAUCAGACAACUAUUUGUGUUUAAAUAUCAAUAAAAGUGUGAUUCAUUAAUUGUUCUGAGGAAGACUUGUCAUUGUAUACUAUAUGUGUUUCCUCCGUGUACUAUCAUUGUCAAGCUAAUACCAAACUUCCAUUAAAUGAUUUCAGAAAUCCAUUUUGAAACAAUUGUUUAAUUCAAUAUAUAUAAUUAAGCGAUGUAUAUUUUGCUCAAAUUUUCAUAGAGUGAGAAUGUGCAAUAUCCAUGUAAAUAUUUAUUGAAACCAUUUAGCCUUUUAAGAUAUUUUAUACCAUCAGCAGUUGUAGCAUUUUCAUAUAGAAGAAAUUGUUCAUUGUUUUGUUUUUUUUAAAUGAUAGCUUUUGUAACAUUGUGACCAAAAUAGAUUUGUUUGGUAUUCAUUUCAAUUAUGAUGCAGUAAAUGGAUAAAUCACAACAGUAAAAUAGAAUUUUCACUGUGAAUCUUGAUGUGACUGCUGAAAGGCUAGAAUAUACAUUGUCAUAGGCUAGAGUUACACUUUUGCUAAGUAUCUGUCAAAUGUGGUAUCAUGAAUUUUAAGGCUUUUUUAUCGACUUGCCAAAUCGAUUUGAAUUUAGUGGAGAUUUCAUGUGACAGUAUAGUCGAUUUCAAAGUACUUUGGCAAGUUCGUUAAAUGCUCCGAUUAGCUGUAAACAAUUGUUGUGGCUGGACACAGUUGAAAAAAACAUGUGAUCACCCGAUCAAAUUGUCAAAUCGCACCCUGAAGUGAUUUCGCUUCGGAAAUCGGUGUUGAUAAAUUUGUUGAUUAGGGUAACCAAUUUGAAUUAGAUGGACGUUAGAGAUGAAAAUCUGAUUGAAUGCAAAUCACUUUGGCUAAUCAGUGGUCGAUAAAAACGCCUUUAAUUUAUACCAAAGGGCUUGGUAUUUUCAGGUGACCAUAACAUCAGUGUUUUAGUGAAGCCCUAUUAUAGUGUUCACGGCAGAAACUUCCAGUAGGUCCACAGAGAAUUUUCCAUCAGAAAGACAGAAAUUUGCACAUUACCUACAUUAAUUUUUUUAGUCCGUUGGUUAGAAGGGGCGUACUCCACCCCUCUGGCACAGCCACUCUCUGAUACAUUUAAAGUGUUUGUAAUAUUUACAUUUAUCUACUGUGAUUAUUAUCAUAUCAUUUUAUACUCUUUGUACAAUUGUAAAAAUAAUCUCAUUUUUAUCAUUAUUUUUAUACUUUUGGCAUGUGUUGUCAUAUGAUGGUCAUUGCCAGUCUAUCCUGUAUUUAUCACAUCAAUAAUAAUUGUAACAUUCCUGUCUAAUAUUAAGUGUAUUUCUUUAUCUGUAUUUACAUACAUAUUAUUUCAUUUUCAUUUACAAUUAUAUUAUUUGGUAAAUUUUCAUCUUGUUAAGUUUAUUUAUUGGACAUUUCAUUUAUAAUUAUAUUAUUUGGUAAAUUUUCACCUUGUUAAGUUUAUUUAUUGGACAUUCAGUAUUUUCUGUAACUUUGUUUAUAUAAAUUUAGCAAUAUUGACAUGUCUUAUUGUUAUAAUUUAUUCAGUAUUUUGUUCUUAGAAAUACCUAGUAAAUGCAACGUAGGAAUCUAUAAUAAUAUAGAACUGUAACAACAAAUUAAUGUCUUUAAAUUACUGGGUUUGUGCCCUUUGGGUAAUAUAUAGCAUAAUUAUUAUUGGAUUUUUUUUUUACAAGAAUAUAUUUUACAGUUUGGUGAGCACCUUUUAUAUUUUUUACUUUAAAUUUUGACACCAGUUUAAUGGUUAUGGUGAAAAUAACAUUUUAAAUUCAUUUAGAAAUUUUUUUAACAGUUUUGCUUUUGUCUUUUAUUCAAAUAGAAUUUUUAAUUAAGUCUCAAGAAAUGUUUGUUUCCAUUCCAAAAUCCAAAUGUUUACAUUUAAAUGCUGACUAUUGUGUGUUAAUUUGAUAGUUAAGCCUUUUAUUUACCGUAAGAAUUACAUACAUAUUAGAGUAUAAUAUUUUAAGUGGUUUUAAACAUAACAUUUGUUAUUUGAUUUCUAUCGGAAAUCAAAUAUUGUUAAUUAUUUGUUAAAAUUUCAUGAAAUAAAACUGAAAACAUUUAAAGUGUGUUGAGAUGUAUGCUAUUAAAUGAUUAUUACAGCCCAGAGUUGCUGGAAAAUUAUAUGGAUGAUUAUGAAAUAUAGAAUACCAAAUGGGUCAAAUUUG